GUCUGAUAAAUCUGACCUGUCUCCGCCUGCACGGAAUGACUUUCUUCCCCCUUGACAGCUUGAUUUCAGCGCUCGUGUGCUCUGAGUCUGCCUCCUAGAGCUUCGAACAUUCCUGGCCUCCUGCAUGAGCAUAUGUUCAUUUGAUGCGAGAACAUGGCUCCGUUGACCCUCGAGGUACGCCACAGCGAGGAAGAAACGAUCGAAUGCUGGGACGAUGACGACGACCUGCAAUGCUACGAGGAUAUACAGUUACGAGCCGCAUCAACUGCUACGUCUGUAACGACUUCGUCAAUACGUCGGUCUGGGCAUCGGGAUUCAAUUUCAUCGCGCCGCUCCGCACGCUCCGACCUUGAUUCCAAUGCAGGAGGGGACGAGGAUUGGCAAGUUCAAUUGUUGGACAACGACGAGCUUAUCACUGAAGAGGCGAUCGCUUCCGCCAAGAACGCUGGGAUACCUUUGCCUACGAAUGUUCCCCGGUCGGCUCUUAUUGGAGGCACUAUCAAACGUCUCGGACAUCGAAAGCAGAAGGACAUCGUCGACGACUGGUCUGAUGAUGUCGAGUUCCCGGGGCCUGGUAGCUCGCUAGAAUUAAAGCGUUCACUUGAUACGUCUUUCCCUGAAGCACUCCGGCAAGUCAGUUCUGCUGCCGUAAGCCCUAUCAAACCUUCAGCUGCAUCUUUUUGGAACAGCGAGGUCUCGACACGACUGCAAUCAGCUCUUGCUAUCACAUCCGCUUCUCAACCAGGUGGCGGAAUGUCCGACACCCAAGAUGUUCCCACAAUUAGGGUUGCGGGGUCUCGAUCACCAAAGAGAGCAUCACUUAUCAAUAGUUUUACUCCUAGCAGUGACCUGGAUUCGACUGACAACUUUGAGGAGGACUUCGAAUUGCCAGCGGAUGAUGAUAUCUUGCUCCGAUUGUCUCCUCGAAAGGCCAAUGUUGGAAACACAAGUCCCUCCCCUGAAGAUUUCGAUAUCGACUGGUCAGAAGGCAGUAUUGGGGUCCGAUUCGGUGGUACUGCGAGGGACCAUCCAUCAAAUCCAAGCUCAUCGGUUUCCGUUGUCAGUCCGAGUUCCUCUAGUUGUUUAACUAUUGAAAGCGAAGAUGAAGGCCUUGAGGGUCUUGUCAUUCCAGAAGGGCCCCUCGACUUGGAAGCGUCCUUGAAGAAGCGAAAAGUACCGUCUAGUAAGGACGUCGUGCAACUAGAACUGACCUCCGUCGAUCGAGUACCUCUCGGCGCCGACGACUUCUUCUCGGGGCUUGAAAUCGAAAGCGGCGAGGUGUUCGAUCCUCGCAGGCUAUCAAUAAAUCCGAAUGUGAAGUGUAAAAUGGAGAUUCCUAGAAGUCCUGCGCGACACUCAACAACUACUAUAACUUUCAUGAACACGGCAGUUUCCCCAAAGACUCGCAUUCCACGUCUUUCCGGCCAUGAUCGCCCCCACUCGACACAUCUUGAGACUGUGUCAGAGAGUGGUGCGCCUCUGUCGAGGUUUCGAACCUCGCAGCGCCGGGCUGGCGGACAUUCGUCACAGUCAUCCGUCUCCAGCCUUCCUUCUGGGUCCUCAUCCUCAUCUCAGAUUCAAUUGACCCCUAGUCGACGACUUGUUGGGCCCGGUAUAUCGAAUGAUGCUUUUUUUGGUGAACGUGUAGCUUCAGGAAGACAAUUACUGAGGACUAAACGUUCAAUGCCAUCCUUACGCAAUAUGAACCAGGCCGUCUCAAAUAGCCAGAGCCCACCUAUACAUCAAGAUGGGUCAUGCCUACCUAAUUACCACGCCAGACCGAAGACUCCAGUUGACCGCAUAGGAAAUGACGCGAAGACUUUUGUCCGUAAACAUCAAGCCCCAUUCAUUCCAGCCGGUGCCUCAGAAAAGCAAUCACAUCAUGCCAGUGUCAAGAGCCAUCGGCACAAUCGUCGCUCUAAUUCAGAAGGCCCUGGCGAGUUGUUGAGCACCGAGGGAUCUGGGACUCGAUUGUCGCGAUCUACACGCAACGAUUCAAUGGGUAGGAGCCCGAAUGAAUCAAGUCCAGAGAAUUUAGUCGCCGCAAGUAAAAAAACUCUCACUCGACCCACCCGCCGGCGGAAUUUUGGAGAUGGCUCUGAAUUGGCGCUGUUUGACGAUCUGCCUACCUCCUCCUCAGCAGAGAAAAGAUUUGUGAAACAUCCUUCAGGAAGAGGUGUUCCAAGAACACUCAGAAGUAAAUUGAGCCACGGUCAGUCUAAUACAACAAAGACUGAUGUUACAAUCGAACAAGCCACUCCGGGUUUCACAAUCAGGUCGAAUAAUGUCACGCCAAGUUUCGCACGGGAUACAAAUGCUUCAAGGAACGCAAGAGAACAGCGCAUUGCGUCGAUGACAAGUGCUCUGAAGAGUCGCGAUCAUCACCCGCUUGCUCCUCUGGGCCUGAAUUGGAAAACUACGAAUGUCUCGCGGGUGCCUUCUAGCUCGGCAACUAUCCGGAGCAAGAAAGGCAAAGCUGCUCCAAUGCCUGGAUGCAAACCUCAACUGAUCAAGCCCAUGGGUACGGGUGUGCAAGAGGCUAAAUACCUUAACGGCAUGCGCUACAACCCAACUUCUUUCUGUUGGGAAGGGAAUGAGAACCUAGUGCAGGACUUUAACUCAGUAUCGCCGAAGUCGCCAAAGCCAACUCCAGCUCUAAUCACCAACAUAGGUGCAAUGCAAAAUGUACAGGUUGUCGGUGGCAUGGUGUUUGACCCCCAGCGUAUGUGCUGGCUUAAGCUAGCACCGUUACAACCCGGAAAGGAUGGACUGGUGGCUAUUCAGGAUGAAGACGAUGUUUUCGCAGGUCUCGGUGAUUUGAAGGAGACGGCUAAUGUCCUGAGUGGACGGAUGUCGGGCGCCUACGAUGAGCUAGGUCUUGCAGCCAGUAGUGAUGACCGCAGCUACGAGGAUUCGUCAGAUGAAUGGCCCAUAACGGAAGAAUUCGAUGUUGGCCCGGAGUUUAUCAGGCGUCAGCGUGCAGAAGAAGAAAAAUGGAGGCGCAAGGUUGAUAAGUGGACCACUCACGAUCGUGGGAAAUUUGGAGACGGGUGGAGAUGGGCCAUUCGAGAUCUAGUGAGAUUUAAUAGCACUCUCAGGACACAGAACCUUGACCGGGUAUGAUUCGGUCAUGAAUGGCACUUCCAGAACGGAGGGGGCGAAAGAAGCAAAAAAGUGAGAAACAGUCGAUACUGUUGCACUAAAGCAUCCCCUAUUGGCCUGUGCACUUCAACAACCCUGGCACUCUGCUGCCAGAUGUGAAUGGCAAAUGGUGGCAAAAUAACUUUCAUGAUUAUGAAAACUGACGGCAGCCGUUGCCACCCUUAUUUGGUUAGGCUGUUACAGUUAUUCCACGAGACUA